CUCCACUCUGUUAUAAUUUCAUCAAACUGGGAAUUGGAUAAGCCUGGCUCAGGGUUUUAGGGUUCUUGAAGUCACUCACAGUUCCAUCUCUAUCCACUAUCUUCACCAUCCACAGCUUUCACAGAUCUUUAAUUUGAAGAGAAGCAGAGAUGGCAAGUCUGAUAAUGGCCACACCAUUCCCAGGCUCUUCUCUCACCCAAUUCAAGAAAACGAAUAACCUCUCUGUUCAGAGAGCCUUUAAGGUAACAUCUAUGCAGACACCGUUGGAGGAGCUGUACAACGUUAAGGUGGAACGUAAAGUGUCGCAGAGACGGUUAGACGAGCUGGGUGUUUCGAAAUGGUCGGUUUGGAAGACGGGGAAGUGCAAACUGCCGUGGGACUGGCAGGUGGAUCAGCUGGUUUACAUAGAAGAAGGAGAGGUUCGUGUUGUACCCGAAGGAAGCAAGAGGUAUAUGCAGUUUUUAGCUGGAGACCUUGUUCGUUACCCGAAAUGGUUGGAGGCUGAUCUUUUCUUUAACGCUCCUUACCGCGAACGGUAUUGUUUCAAGGCCUAUGGUGAUGAUUGAUUUAGAAGUUAGAGCCAAGAAAGUUUAAACUUGUGUGUGUGUGUGUGUGUUGUUGUUGUUAUAGACUGAUGGAUCUUUUUUGUGAUAGUAUAAGAAAACAAUUCUCUUCUU